GAGGAGGAGUGGUGCCGUUAGAUUGACAGCAGAGACAGUUGGCAUCAGACUGUCUAUCUGUCUGUCCGUCUCGGUGCGUCAGGCUGGGUCUUUGGACAGCACGCUGCCCGCCUCCGCCGUAUGAGUGCUCCGUCUGUUUGCUUGUGGUUUUGUUUACGUUUGUGGAGCGGAGUUUGGGGAUGAUCCCCACAUGUCUGUCAAAAGGUCAAGGUAAUAGGUCAGAUAUAAAAAAAACUUGGCAGAUGAUAUUCAUCCUUAUUGUGGAUGUUAUCUUUUAUCAAUACAGAAUUUGAAAUGAAAAAUACUUUUAAGUUGAAAGCACAACAGCUUUGUAAAUGUGAGAUGAUAAAAUUUUCUGUCAAAGGUGAUGAAAAAGUUUUAUUGUUUUUCGCAAAAACAGCAGUUUCUCACCAGUUCAUAGUCCCGUGGUAUCCAGUUUUCCCUCUCUCUUGAAAAGUUGAUCAAGGUGAAAUGUAUUCCCAAUUUCAAACAUCAAAAGUUGGUCAUCAGCUUCGACACUGGUGCCGUCAUUGAAAGUAGCUGCAUGCUCACAGGAAUAGCCUACCUUUUCACAAAGAGCAAGAAAACCUCCUCCUCUGCAUGCAAAAAUAAAUCCACAUGUCCUCUUUAAUUGAUCAGAUUCUGCACGUCAAUUUUACUCCCAAAUCUCAAAUCUCAGAAUCUAGAAGUGCUGGAGAAAUUCAGAUUUACAAAAAAAAAGUGAUAGUCAGCAGGUGCUCGAUUCUGUUCCCAUGAAAACAAAAGUCCAUUCCAGUUUGCAACAGCAAGAAUGAGUGAGAGUGGUGAGAUGGGAGUGAUGGGUUUUAAAGGAGGUAGCGAAUGAGGAAGGGAGGGAGGGAGAGAGGACAGGCGUGAUGCUGAGGGAAGGGAGGAGGAAGCUCUGGGAAUGACAUUAGUUGUACUACACAAGUAUUUAGAGAGAGUACACUAGUAUACUUAACAUUUUGCUUGUUUGGCAUGAGAGUUCAAAUCUUUGAUCUUCUUGAAGGAUCAAUUCCUGCGUCAUUUUAUUGAUCAUGUUGAAAGUGUUUUAAAUAUUUAUGAGUUAAAUUGUGAAUAUGUACAUUUGCUGCUAAAAAAACAUCUAUUGAUAACACGGACAAAAGCUUUUUUCUCUCAAGAUAGAAACACUUAGUUGAAAUACUGAUCCAUUAAAUAGUGAAACUAAAUACCAUGACACAGCAUUCCUGUUUCCAAGAAUAUGUAUAUCUAUCCAUGUGGAAAAAGUGGCUUACCUAAUGUUUAAUUUUCCCAAACUUUGUUGCUCAUUUUACGAGUUCCCCCUCCUACCCUUCCUCUAUCUCCCCCACAUUUGCCCUCUCGUUCUCCCUUUCUCCCCCUCCCUAUAUUGUCUUAGAAGAAGGGGUGACAUUUAGACAAGGGGAAGAAAACACACUGCCGACAAAUAUUGGAACUGAGGCAAAUAAAUCACCAGUUAGGAAAGGAAGGAGGGCAUAAGGAGAGCACGGGUGGGUGUUACACUGGGGUUAGGAGAGAGUGGUGAAGAAAGCAAGUUUGUGACACAUGAGAGAAAAAUUAAGAUACUAUAUCUGUGUGGGUUUGAUAACCGAGAAGAGAUGAUUGUGAUAAUUUUGUGAAGGAAUUAACUGGCUACACAAAAUACAAGCUUUAUUUGAGCCCUACUGCAAGUUGCUGAUACUGUAUGAUGACAGCUAUACAACUGAAAUGACAUUUCGUUUGGUUAAUUGUGUAUUUAGCCCAGAUGUAAAUAUUGACUACUGUAACAGACAAGCUUAUUUCAUUACAACUGAGGUAAUAUUUCAUAAAUGUGUUUCUUUGUUGUGAAUGAAAGCAGUGAGGUAACUUCACUUCUUUAGGUAUUUAGUAUGUAUUUCUGCUUUUAAAUAACAAGAGACAGCAAUAAAGUUGUGGGAGAAAACCUGAACUCAGAUUAAAUGUAAAUUUUUAAGCCUUGUUUGAAUGUUGUUUCAAGUGCUAAUUAUUGCCCAUUUUAUAUCUGUCUCAAGAAAAGAGUAAUUAGCACACUCCUUGCAAAUGACAAUUAAUGUGUGCAAACUGUGAGUAAAAUCUCUCUGCCGUGAUAAGGUUGAGGAAUAGAUAUUACGUACAAUUAUUUAAUUGAAAAGCGUGAACUUUUAUUUGGUAACAACAUUAAGCAGACAGUAAGGAAUUUAAUUUGCCUUUAGUUUUAUGGCUAAUUGUGAUUACCUUUACAGCAAGUUGUAGCUGAUGGGAGGUCAGCAACAGCAAUGAAAACCACCACUUUUACAUAUUUUUGUGAACACACAUGUACUGUAUUUUUGUAUGAUAUCAAGUUUUGAAUCUAAAUUGCUAUAACUUACUGCUGUAUCUUUGUUUUAUUGAAUUCUGUCUGACUGAUCAUAAUUUUCUUUUUUACCCUCAGUGAUUAGCAUUAGCUCAUUACAUAUAUAUUUUUUUGUCUUCUUAAGGUAAGUCUUAACAAAUGUUUAGACUUAAUUUGAACUUUAAGGGCUUUGUACUUGUGUGACCGAACCUGCUGUAACCUGAAAGUUACCCUGUCCACACAUCCUCUUUCAAUUUCUCUGAAACAGACACACAUACACAGGCACGCACACUCCAACAUUUCUCUGUCUAUAUCUGCAAAGACAGGUUUCUUGUAGGCCCCCUUCCCUCCUUUUUUUUGUCCUUCUCAUGUCGUAUUCCUCCUUUGUGUCCCCUGUUUCUCCAAGUGACGUCUUCUUCUGUCUCCCACAGCAACGCCAUGGUGAUGAGCUGGCCACUGUCAUGUCCGGCGCCUCUGUUGUGCACAUCCCUUCACCCCUCUCUCGUAAAUAACAUUCCCUCCUUUUUUAUCUUUAUCUUUCCCUCAUCUUGUGGACAUUUUAUCAUGCUGGAAUGGUCCCGUACUGAUUGACUGUAACUUGGCUGCAGAGCCUCAAGAGGUGCUUGUCAAGGCUGAAACAUGAUGACACAUAUGUAGAGAUGACUUCCUCCUGUUAUAAAGUAAAGCAGACUUUGCCGUGAGAUAAGCCAAUCCAGAGAGAGAUCUAUUUGGUCCCAUGGUGCUUACUGUGGGAUGAACAAUGGGCCUUUACCUCAAGGAUGAUGCCUCAGGGAGACUUUGGACUUCAUGGACAUAUUUCCAACCAAGGUCAUUGAGAGACAGAGACAUGGCCCAUCACCUUUGCUCACUUCUUUGCAUUACUUGCCUCUUGAGGGCUACCUGCCUUUGCAACCUGGGUGUGGAUGGAGUAGUGAAGGCAUGUAGAAACAUGACUGCUGUGGAUGUGCACUUGCAUUGCUCAGACACCUCUGCCAACAAAGAGCUGAAUGCACUGCUGUGUAUGAAUGUGUGUGGAGCGUGUGCAUGAAUAUUAUGGGAUGGCGAGCAGCAGUGUUGUCAGGCAGGGAAGUGGGGGUGGCAGAGUGGGUGGUGAGCUGUGUGCACAUGGGGGGAGGGGGGCAGAGGGAAUGAACGACCCAUGAAUAUUAUGGAAUGAUGGUGUUAGGUGGUGAUUGAGGGGGGGAAAGGUGGGGAGGGGGGGUUUUAGUGCUUGUGAGGGGGAAAGAUAGCUGUACAUAUGGGAUAUGGAGGGGUUAGGAGGAGGUGUUGGUGACGACGUUGCACGUGAGUGUGUGUGCACGAGCAUACAUGCAUGUGUGAGGGGCAUUCAAGCGAUAGGAGCAGACAACGGCCAGACAUAGGCCUUUGUUGCUAUGCGAUCUGCAUGUACUGCAGCAGGAAAUAUUGCAGUGGCCAUAUUAGCAGAGGAAGUAAAGGAAGGCCGCUGGGUUGGGAUUAUAACAGUUCCUCUCCCACUCACUUGACACAUGCACAGAGCAGACAUGCAGAAAAUGCAUUCACUGAUACAAAUACAAUCAUUUUAUGUCUCAAAUACAGUUUUCACUAGAACUCCAGAAAGCAGAGUAUGAAUAUAUAACUGAUUAUUUCCCUGUCUAACUGUGUCUGAAACAAACAUGCAACUUUAUGCAGGAUGCAUAUAUAAAAGUGAUAAAUGGUAAGCAUUUGUGAGGAUUCAGUGGUAACUUACUUUACUUAUGUCUUAACUAACAACAGAGUAUAUCAUGCCUUGGAUCAGUGAGACGUGACAAUAUGCUCGAUGAGCGGCCACAUUUAGUGAAACUGACGAAAUUCUUGCAGGGAAUCCCAAAAAUGAAUCUAAAAACUCUAAACAUUAAGAUACAGCUUUUACAAGUUUUUUGUGAUAUGAUGCAAAAGAAUUUUUAAAAAUUAGUUCUUUCAAAAUACCAUCAGGGACAAAACACAAAUAUAUAGUUUGAAUAACAACCUCAAAAGAUUGUUUGGUAGGCGUCCAAAGAAUUCUAACUCAAAAUACUUAUAUUAUAGUCAUGUGAUGGUUUUGGUGGGCCUCUUUUGUGCGGCCCUCAAGUCUUUUUUCUGCCCUCAUAACAGAACCUGAACCCUCUAAUGUGAUGUUAUUCAAUAAGUCAUUUCAGACACACCAGAUAAAUUACACAACAGUCACAUUUUGGCAUUCUAAGUAUCAGUGGAAACUCAGCACUGAUCAAUCAUGUUUAUUGUCUUGGCUGCCUCUCAAUUAUGAUAACUUAUGUCUAAAUGCUGCUUAUCAUACCGAACUUAAAGCAAAAUUUUGUGGUUAUGUAGUUUUGGUCCAUGUCCAACAUCAGAAACACGAAUAGUAUAUCAAUUCAUGGACAUGAAUUCACAACAGUCUUUGCUGUUGAUACAGAUGUGUUGCAGUAUGGCUCUGGAACAACACUGUGACAUACUGUAGCUCGGCUUACUUCAGGUUGACUUGUAAAGAUUAAAGUAUCAAUACUAUACAUAACCAACUUUGAAUGUAUAAAAAUGUGACUUUAAAGAAAAGAAAAAGACUGUUUCUUUGUACUUUAUUUUAACACAGUGCAGUUUUAAAGUUUCUUUGCCACCUAACUGUCCUCUUAUUUCGACUUGUUGCAUCUUAAGGUGCUUUUACUUUGAAAGGCAGUGUAACUUGCUGAGCCAAAAUGUCAUUUUUGAAUUGAAUUAGUUCUUAAAGGUCUUGAACAAUAGCAACUUAACUUCAUUGUGCCUAAUAGUCAAACCUCAGCAGGGAGAAAAGCAGCUUAUGCCUCUAAUGUCUGUGUAGUUAAUUUAUUUGAAACAUCACUAUUGUAAUUGUCUAUAAUUGAAGUAAAGACUAUUUGGUUAUACUGUACAUCCUUGAAUGUAUAAUCUAGUAAAGUCUUAAAUAUGUGCUUUCACAUUCCCAUCUGCUUGAAUGUGUCUGAUAUGCAGCAGCUCUUUGUUUUAUUUAUGCAUUACAAAUUAAACAUGAAGGCGACAUAUUGUGUAUUAAUCUAAAUCAAUAUAUGGACCAUUCACUUUCAUCCUACACUGAAAUCCCUUUAAGGUCACACCUGUUGGCCCUGUUUCCAUUUGAAGAGCAAACACACACAUCCCAAUCACUGUGUCCAUCGUAGCAGGAAUACUGGAGUCAGACUUGUCCGUGAUGACACUGCUGUGACAGGAGGCCUCAUCCUCCUCCUGUGAUGCUGAGUAACAUUGUUGGCAUCAUUGUUGUGGCCUAUCUGACACACAUCCGGUUCUGUUUAACUAUGAGCUGAUCUGCACUCUGCACACACACACACUGUGGGCAUACAGUCCACCUGUGUGAGAAGGAUCCCGGUGAACAAAAUGGAAGGCUCUUUGACUUCUUGGCAUACUCAUGCUCACUCCCAGGUGGGUGAUGAGGAGUAUUAUGGUCUGUCACCAAUGGACUUGAGCUCCCUUGGAGAGCAUGUGACUGUUUUUCCUUCUUUUUGUCUUUUAAGAAGUUGUAUAUUAUGGGAUGUAUGCUGCUACUGCUAGAGUAUUAUGGUCUGUCGGGAGCGGGGGGGGGGGGGUGUCGUCAUGACAACGGGGUUGCUAAGGGGGCUGGGACUACUAGUGGAAAGGGGAAGGAGUGUGCAUGCUAUGAGCCUGGUGCAUGCAUGUCUAGUGGUGGUAGUGUACGUGCGUACGCGCGUACGCGCGCGCGUGGUGGAGGGGGUGGGGGCAGGCUGAAUAUUAUGGUCUGUCCGUUGCGAGGUAACUAUGCAGAGUCCUGUGUGAGUGUGGGAGGGGGGGAUUAUUAUGGGAUGUCUGCCCCCUUUGUGUGUUUGUGAGGAUGUUAGCUAAGCUUUGCCUGUAAGGUUGGGGGAGAGAGAAGAGGGGAACGGAGCAACGUGUUUUGGGUCAUUGACGGCUCAUUUCUCUAAUUUCGCCGAUCAUUGACUCAGCCGGCUUAAUGAAUGAACACUUGGUGACAACAACUGCCGCACAAACAGCCUAACUUGUGUCAAUUCUUGCGCCGAGACAGAGAGCACACCUCGACCCGGGACCACACUACAGUAAGUUUUUGAUAUGUCAAGGUAGGGUUUUAAAGACUUAAAGUUUUCUCCAAUGUAGCUGUUGUUUUCACUCGACUGUGCAACUUGCUGCUAAUACUUGAAGAGAUGUUGUCACUUAUUCCCUCACUCCAAAUACCUGUCAAAAACAUAAUGUCAAAACAGAGAUAAGGUAGUUAUUCAACUUGUUUGAGCGUGCAGGUGGUCAAUGAGAUGCUAUUUGAAUAAUAAGAAACGAGCAAAUGACUGGUUACCAAUGUAUUAUUAUUUAUUUUCCAGCACCCACCACCAUCACCCCCUCCCUUCCUGGACACCCCCGGUCCAUUCUCCAACAGUCCCACGUCAUUUUCCCUCCCUCGCCGACCGAGGAGCAGCGAGGUUUUAGGGGGGAUUAAUUCGACCAGCAAGAAAUACAGUUAAAACGCUGGGAAAAUGUCGGGCAGCGAGGAUGAGAGGGAGGACUUUGGGGCCGCGGACGAGCACUCACUUCUUCGCGGUAAGCUCGCUUUUUUUUAUUAUAAUCUCUCUCUCUCUCUCUCUCCUCCUCCUCCUCCUCCGAAGAACAGGGUCCAUCUCUCGCUGUCACUUGAGCUCGCCGAGGCUAGCGUUAGCUUCUAAGCUAGCCCAGCACUAGUCAGCUCGGGCCGCUUGUCACUCGCCAUAAUAGAUUAGUUAGCUAACUUGUCAGGAGAGUGUUUACUCAUUUAUUUUCCCCUCUAUUCCAACCCCCUCCGGUUACUCACACCUCACACGUGCUUUCCGAAGUGCGAGUGUGAGCUGUCAAAGUUUCACACACGGAGCAUGUACAAGUUUUAACCUGUGCUGUUGUGGCAUUCAUGGUGGACUCGGUGUUCUCGUGUGUGUGCGCGCGUGCGUGCACGGACAUGUGCCAAGUCGUGCCAGUGCGCGCGCGGAACGCCUCUAUUCUCUCUCUCUCUGUCUGUCUCUGUGUUUGUCUCUCUCUGUGGCCUGCAGCAGGGCUCCUCCUGUUCCCCGUGCUCAGGACUUGUCUUGUCUCGCUAAUUAAAAAGCCCGUCAUUAUCCCGCAGGUGAGGACGAGCCGGAGGAUGCUGUGUCUGAUGUAGACGAGGUACCGAAGUCGAAGAAGAAGAAGAAAGCGAAGAAGAGCAGCCGUGAGAGUCGCAGCAGCAAAAGGCAAAGACCUGUCAGAGAGGUAAAGUCAAAACUUGUCAUGUUUACAUUUGGCUCUGAGUGAUACUUGUCCCUUUAACCUGGGUAAUAACACAUAAACUUCAAAAUAACCAAACAGGGUCACAUCUAGAGGAGUCAAAUGUUGCAGGGAAUGGUGUAUUGUUUACCUUUAUGUGUAGGGGAGAGUGGGGUAAGAUGAGCCAUUUUUCAUAUUUCAGAUCACUACAUCAAGUCAAUCAUAGUUUUGUCUCUAACUAGUGUAUCUGCAUAUAUUUCAAGAUGUUGAGCAUUCCUGCAAACCAACAGAAUGAGUGUAAACAUAACUUGAUAAUAUAGCAUACCAAGAAAAGUGGUCUCCUAUGGUCAACUUACCCUGUGUAUGGGGUAAGUUGACCAUAGGAGCGGGGUAAGUUGAGCUGUAUCCCUACUACCCCAGCCCUCCUUCGCCUUCUCUCUCCCUAAAUAACAGUCACUUCUUCACAUUCAUGUGUAUUUUUAUCUAUUAUACACAAUUCAACUGGUGCAAUAAUUCUUUUUAUUAUUAUUGCAUAUAACUGCUAAAAAGCUGUUUUGUAAAAAGCCAUUUUAACAUGAGAAUGUCUUUAAGUGAUUCAGAACAUUCACAGCUGUAUUUUGUAAAGAAAAAUUAACACAUUUCAACAAUCUGAACUGAAACUCUGAUCCUCUCAUCAGACUUCUUUACUUUCUCAGUUAAGCUACUGGCUCAAUUUACCCUUGAACUAAUAUUAUGACUUUAUUAGUCCUCUAAGCUAAAAUGGUGGACUGUUAUGGUAGGUUUCUGACCUCAUGUUGUAGCUCAUAGAUACCACAAUUGAAGUAUAAAACAAAUUUAAAUGAUCUUUUUUGGUCUGAACACAAUUCUAAUAAAACUUAUGACAAACUGAAUUUACUUUCAAGAGUGAACAUUUUUUUUUUUUGUAAAUAAAUGUCUAUCCCCUUCACCCAUAUGCUUCUAACCUUCACAGACUCCAUGAAUUGAUAUGCCCAUCUCCUAAAUAUUUGGUCAUAUGAUCAAUUUCUUUUACCAUUUCCAAGCAACAGGGGGUGGCUCAACUUACCCCUCUCUCCCUUAUAAUAAAUAUCUUUUAAAGAUAUUUAUGAUUGCUUGAGCUUCAGGACCCAAAAACAGGAGUGCCCUUAUUUCUCGAGUUAUUUCUGAACUGCCAACAUUAAUGGAUUAAUUGAUUAGCCGUUUCCUACCUCCUCCUAUAAAAUAACAAUACAAAUAGUGGACUGUCAUGCGCAUCUAAGUUUUGGCAAGAGCAGACAGCAAGGCUUAAAAAUGAUUACUUGAUUAAUCUUUUUCAACUAAUUUUCUGACAAGAAACAAUACAAACUAACCAGUGAAGCUUCAUGAAACACUGAUGAUCUCUAUGUUAUUCUAUUUAGGCUUAAUUUACCAUAACAGACACUGGAAAUCUACACUUGAGCGUAUUCAAGUUAUCCACACAUGAUAUAAGCACUUGUGUUUUUUUUGCUUAAUGCUAAGUGGCUCUUUGCCUUGCAGGAGUUGCCAGUUAGCUCCCCAGAGCACUUGAUUGGAGUAGAGACUGCAGAGAGAGAUGCAGACGAGGGAGGUGUGCGGUCAGAAAGUGAAGGAAGUGAUUAUGCCCCUGGGAGGAAAAAGAAGAAGCGCUCCAGCUCGGCCAAAGAAAAAAAGAAAGGAGGCUCAGCGGUGGAGAAAGGGGGUUCAUCGAACUCUAAGAGCAAAAGGAAAGAUCCAGAACCAGAAGAAGAUGAGGAUGAUGAUGAUGAUUGCCAGGUAAAUGUUCAUUCAGACUUUUAAUAAGAGUGAAUAAUUGAUUCCUUAAAGACAAAUAUGACAAAUGAUCUUCCUGUAUAUCUCCCCCUCAUUCUCAGCCUAAAAGCUCCACACAGCUACUGGAGACCUGGGGCAUGAAAGAUAUUGACCAUGUCUUUACUCAGGAAGACUACAACUCACUCACUAACUACAAGGCCUUCAGUCAGUUUGUCAGGUGAGUGCUGAUUUUAUUAUUCACUUUUACCAUUUUGUCAAGGAGAUAAAUGAGUAAUCAGUAUUUUUCCUGUCAAUAUUGUGUUUUUAGGCCCUUAAUUGCAGCAAAGAACCCUAAAAUAGCUGUUUCCAAGAUGAUGACUUUAAUGAUGGCUAAGUGGCGAGAAUUUAGCACCAACAACCCCCUGAAGGUAAUGCACCUCAGUCUGACUUUAGAUGAAUGGGGCUUGUGAUUCACAUAUAAAGAAGUCUUGCAGGUUGAACUUGAGAAAAGGGAGUUUUUCACUUUGUACCGUGUCGUCCUGCAGGGUUGUGCCUCCGCCAAUGCAGCCCUGGCAGCUGCCAACGUGGCUGCAGCUGUUGAAAACAUGGUGGUGGCAGGGGCAGACGGAGGGGCAGAAACCAAUGUUGCCGCCUCACCCACACCUGCUCCUGCCCCUGCUGCUCCAACACCUGCCGCGCCCCCAGCAGCCCCAGCACCUCCUCUACGCAAGGCCAAGACCAAAGAGGGCAAAGGUAAAGUAGGAUAAAUGUGGAUGGAACAUGAUAAAUAUCUUUUGAUGUUAAGUUUUUUCUAAUAUUUUUCGAAUUUGCGCUUCUGAACUUAAAUCUCUAUGUUCUCUCAGGUCCAAAUGCUCGCAAGAAAUCAAAGCCCGCACCUAAACCUCCACUUAAGCCCAAACCUAAGAAGGUGGCCCCACUUAAGAUCAAACUCGGGGGACUCAACAGCAAGAGGAAGCGCUCCUCCGUAAGCUGCUCUUAAACCAGUCUCUUUGACUUAAAUCAGUAGCUUCAGUGAAGUUGAUCUUUGUCUUAGUAUCCUCUCUCUUAACUGUUUCUCCAUCAGAGCGAUGAAGACGAACCUGAUGUUGACAGUGACUUUGAUGAUGGGAGUUUCUCUGUGUCAGAUGGCUCGAACCGUAGCAGCCGUCCUAAGAAGAAACCCAAGAGUGCGAAGAAAAAGAAGAAAGGUUGGCAUCGGAAUACUUUGAAAACGUCCGCACUUAUGUCCCUUAGUGCUAAACAAAAGACAGCAGCUUAAUGCAGGAGGAUUUAGCUUUGUCAAGUUAGAUUUGAGUCAAGGCCAAAAUGAAGGUCGCUGCUCAUUAUGUGUCCCGGUUGCUCUUUCUCAUUUCCGCUCAUUUUCUAUGGACCUCCUUUCUCAGUGGAGACGGAAGAUGGUGACGGCUAUGAGACGGACCACCAGGACUACUGUGAAGUGUGUCAGCAGGGGGGGGAGAUCAUUUUGUGUGACACCUGUCCCAGAGCUUAUCACAUGGUCUGUCUGGAUCCUGACAUGGAGAAAGCACCAGAGGGCAAGUGGAGCUGCCCACACUGUGUGAGUACCUUCAUUUUGGGUCUCCUUACUGUGCCGGGAAUUCCCCCGUAUCACACUCAUUAUCAGAGGGAAAAAAAAACAUAUGAUGAAAUGUAUCGUUGUAAAAUUGCAGUUUCUGCGUCCUGAAUUAAACUGGGUUUUCAUUUUGUUUUCCAAAAAUUCCUUUGUCUUGUGCUGCCCCCCCACCACCACAUACAUGUACUUCCAACCCUCUGCUCAUGCUCUCAUAUAUCCCUUCUCUCUCACCACCACACGUGUCACUGCCCCCCAUCCCCCAUUUCCUCUACUUGUCCCUCCAUUCCCACCCCUCCCUCCACCCUCUCUGCCCUCCGCCAUGGCUCCACACGCAAACACGCACACGCAUGCAAUGCACUCCCCCACACCCCCCACCCCUCAUGAAAACCCCCCCCACCCCUUCCCGUUUUUUUCCUUUCGCUUUGUUCCGCAUACCUUCUCUGCCUGUCUGCCCCCCCCCCCCACCCCCCCAUCUGUAAUUCUUGUACCAGGAGAAGGAGGGAAUCCAGUGGGAGGCCAGGGAUGAGCUCUCUGAGGCUGAAGGGGAAGAUGAGGAAGAUGGGAGAGAAGAAGGGGUGGAGGAAGAGGAUGACCACCACAUCGAGUUCUGCCGUGUGUGCAAGGAUGGAGGGGAGCUGCUUUGCUGUGACACCUGCCCCUCCUCCUACCACAUCCACUGCCUCAACCCUCCUUUGCCGGAAAUCCCCAAUGGAGAAUGGAUCUGCCCCCGCUGCAAGGUGAGUGCAGUACACUGGUGCGUAUGAGUGUGCGUGUGUGUAUGCUUAUGUGGGCGAGCAAUGGAAUGCAGAAUCCUUCUUGUGCACGCCUACAGCACUUUAGAUAAACUGUGGCAGUCUUUCAUUUAAUUUAUAUUUUGCUGUUUCUCGUCUCCUUAAAAGUCUCUCUUCAUAUUUCCUUGAAAAAAUCUUAUCAGAGUUAAAUUGCUUCCGCUCACUGACUUUCAUGCAUUUCUGAAUUAAUCCUCUCUUAACAGUGUCCACCAAUGAAGGGCAAAGUCCAGAAGGUUUUAACAUGGCGAUGGGGGGAUCCACCUGCCCCCACGCCUGUCCCUCGGCCUGCUGACCUUCCUGCUGAUGCUCCUGAUCCCCCGCCGCUUGCAGGCCGCAGGGAGAGGGAGUUCUUUGUCAAAUGGUGCAAUAUGUCCUACUGGCACUGCUCCUGGGUGCUCGAGCUACAGGUACCACAUGCAAUCUCCAAAACUGUUCCCCCCUGUGGACAAGAAUCUGAAAGUUUCUGUGCUCUGCUAGAAGACACAGACUAUACACAGAAAUAUUGAGUAUCUCUGCAUAAAGUCUCUCUUUCUCGUUGCUUCUCAGUUGGAGCUCAACUGCCAGGUGAUGUUCCGAAACUACCAGAGAAAGACUGACAUGGAUGAACCACCACCUGUAGAUUUUGGAGGUGAGGGUGAUGAUGACAAAAGCACCAAGAGGAAGAACAAGGACCCUCUUUUUGUUCGAAUGGAGGGGGAGUUUUAUCGCUACGGAGUCAAGAUGGAGUGGCUGAUGAUCCACCGCAUCCUCAAUCACAGGUAGGUGGAAUUAGACCUCUGCUGAUGAAUUUGACCUUGCCUUACUUGCUCCUUUAAGGAUUUGUCUCUGCUUCUGAAUAACUUAAAGAAGAGCUGAAAAGGUUUUACUUCACAGAGGCAACACAGAAUUGGAGUAUAAUUUAUUUCUUUAAGAGUUAUGGACAACCAUCCGUGUAAAGUUCAUCUGAAAAGUCUACAAAGUGUUUGCGCCUCAUCAUAGCUCCUUUCUUUCCUUUUUCCAUGUCAGUGUUGAUAAAAAGAACAACGUGCACUACCUGAUAAAGUGGAGGGAUCUGGCCUACGACCAGUCAACCUGGGAGAGUGAGGACAUGGACGUCCCUGAGUUUGACACCUACAAACAGACAUACUGGAAUCACAGGUAAGCAGGAACGUGUGGAAAAAAAAUGUGUCAUCCUUCUUUUAUGAUCUUUAAAGUAUAUUUUGCCCUACAAAAGCCCCUUUUUAGACACGGACAAAGUAAAAGCUUCCUGAAAUUACUUUGGAACAGAAACAGUUUUUUUUUUUGUUACUUCACUGAGAACACUUCCUGCUAAUUCCCUACUAUCAUCGCAGCGUUGUCUGGGUGAGCUUAUGUGAGCAGCAGCAAUUCUUACAAGUGAUUCCCAGUGAGAAGUGGCAGGGAGAGUGCUGUUUUUUUUUCCCCCUGAGGCUAGUGUUUUGUAGUUUUGCUAUGUGGUUGAAAAAGGCUGCUGUAGCUCAAAUUGAUUACAGAUGUGGCCAGUUUGAGCUAUUUAUCUUUUUCUUUUUCAGGUCAUAACAGAGAUAUGUUUAUACUUUAAAAAUAGGUAGCUGCAGUGUCUAUCUGACAUCAAAGUUAGCCUUUAAAGCUCCCCCAUGCCUUGGUCUGACAAGGGAGACCUCACACUCUGAGGGUAUAUGUAUGAAUAGUAUAGUCAGUUUCAUUUCCAGGUCAGAGCCUAAAAUUUUCUAGAAGUGUUACAGAGUCCAUGUCUGAAAACAGUUUAUAUGUUGUUUUCUCCAAGGGAGCUGAUGAUGGGUGAAGAGGGACGACCUGGUAAAAAGUUGAAGAAGGCCGUCAAAGUGAAGAAAGCUGAGCGACCACCGGCUAACCCAGUUGUAGAUGUAAGUAGAGUCAAACUUUUUUCUAGCCUUGGUUAUUGUGAAGUUUUUCUGUAGACUGUAAAAUUAAAAAUGAUCAACUUAAGAGAUACUGUCAAGUGGAUAUUUCAGCUGAGUAAAAACAGCCUGAAUGAGGACGUACACAAGAUGUAAAUCUUUCUUACGCUGUUCCCUCCAGCCCACCAUCAAGUUUGAUCGGCAGCCGGACUACCUGGACAGCACAGGAGGAACUCUGCAUCCAUACCAGCUGGAGGGCUUGAACUGGCUGAGGUUUUCGUGGGCUCAGGCCACAGACACCAUCCUGGCUGAUGAGAUGGGUUUGGGCAAGACUGUGCAGACUGCUGUCUUCCUCUAUUCUUUGUACAAAGAGGUAAGAACUUUUUAUUACUACUGAAGCUUAAAUUAUUGAUUUUAUUCAUGGACCUUUAAAGGCAGGGAUUAGUUUUGUGUGAUAAGACGAUGUAUUAACUGUUGAAUCUAUAAUUAGCAAAACUCAUGCUAUGAUUUUGUUAAGGAAUUUACAAGUAAAAUUUAAUUUAUUAUGGUGGUUGGGUUUCAGACACAUGAUAUAAAUGAACUCUUUUCAUCCAAGGAGAUGAGUCCUAAGUUACGAACUUUGUCCUCAAGGCAGACCAAGGAAGUUUCAAUAUCUUGUUGGUUGAUGAAGGCUGAUGUGUGUAAUCUCUGUGUGUCGUACUGUUUUUAUGCAUGAAACUUCUUUUCAAGUGGCCCCUAAAAGCUUUUAAUGGGAGUUCCUUGUAAAUAAGUGGUUUAUGGACAUUAGUUUUGAUGAUUAGGGAGCAGGUCUGCUGAAGGAUGGAAAAAUGUCUGCUGUUUUUUGGAUUUGAUUAAAUAAAACAGUUUAAUCUUAAUAACAAAUGAGAAGAAGACCUAUUUAGUAUGAAUCAACAUUUUAUUAUUAUUGGUCUUUUUUUGUGUUUUGGUAAAUAAUCCCACAAGUGACUUCUGGAUUUCUGUCCAUAUAUCUGUAAUGAUGAUUUAUAUUUUUAGUAUAAGUUAUUUUUAAGUUGGCAUUUCACAUAUUUCAAAAGACCAAAAGUUUGCUUACUUCUCAUGUAAAUGCAAGUAUUCACUAAUGAUGUGUAGCACCUUUACAUGCUGACAUUGACUGUUUUCACACUGUUAUAGGGUCACUCCAAAGGUCCCUUCCUGGUCAGUGCUCCCCUGUCCACAAUCAUAAACUGGGAGAGAGAGUUUGAGAUGUGGGCCCCAGAUAUGUACGUGGUGACCUACGUUGGAGACAAAGAUAGCAGGGCUGUCAUCAGAGAGAACGAGUUCUCCUUUGAGGGUAACGCUAUCCGAGGUGGGAAGAAGGCAUCCAAGAUGAAGGUAAGGAAAGAAAGUUGGAAUACAGAGCAGGAUCUGGGAACCAAAACUCAGUUUAUAAGACUUUCUAUACUGUAUUGCAUUAUGAGGGUUAACUGUCAGGAUAUUAUAUUACAUUAAUAUGAAUACCAAAACCAGCUAAACUUUCAUUGAUAGUGUAUGUCUCAGCUUAUUUCUUUUUUUGGAAUUUGAACUUAUGCCCACUUCUCUCUGUGAUCUACAGAAAGACUCCACAGUCAAGUUUCACGUCCUGCUGACAUCCUAUGAACUGAUCACCAUUGACCAGGCUGUGCUGGGAUCCAUUGAAUGGGCUUGCCUGGUGGUGGACGAGGCCCACAGACUCAAGAACAACCAGUCAAAGGUAAUUACACCCAGAAUCUCCCUGAAGUGUUUGUGUAAUCCUGUGUUUAUUUACGUUAAUGUGAUUUACUUUAUUUUAUUUUUGUCCGUUCUCAGUUCUUCAGAGUGUUGAACAACUACCCUCUGCAACACAAGCUGCUUCUGACUGGCACACCUCUCCAGAACAACCUAGAGGAGCUUUUCCACUUACUGAACUUCCUGACACCAGAGAGAUUCAAGUUAGUCAUCAAGUAGCCCUUAAUGUCUUCUCACAGUUUCAUGAAUAGAAUAGGAACUACCUCAUUACUGAUACUUACUCAUUUUUAUUUGUUCUCCACAGCAACCUGGAAGGGUUUCUGGAGGAGUUUGCAGAUAUUGCCAAAGAGGACCAGAUUAAGAAGCUCCAUGACAUGCUGGGACCACACAUGCUCAGGAGGCUGAAGGCCGAUGUUUUCAAACACAUGCCUUCAAAAACCGAGCUCAUUGUUCGAGUGGAGUUAAGCCCCAUGCAGAAGUAAGUGUCGAAAGAAGGAGAUCAAACUAGUCUUCCUGUGUUAUAUUUUCUUUGUUUUGAUUUCUAGAGUUGUCAUCUCUUAAUAAUCGUCUCUUUGGUUGUUAAUCAGGAAAUACUACAAGUUCAUCCUGACUCGUAACUUUGAGGCCUUGAACACUCGUGGAGGAGGAAACCAAGUCUCUUUGCUCAAUGUGGUGAUGGACCUGAAAAAGUGCUGUAACCAUCCCUACCUCUUUCCUGCAGCCGCCACGGUAUGAUUCAGAUUUUUUUUUGCCCAAAUAUGUGAGAUCUAGAUUCUUGUGACAGUGAAUGUGGGACUAUUUUUUUGUGUGGAAACAUCUAAAAGGCUGUAAUUGUAUUCAAAUAUCUACUCUCACUGCAGGAGGCACCAAAACUUCCUAAUGGCAUGUAUGAAGGCAAUGCUCUGACCAAGUCUUCAGGGAAGCUGAUGCUGCUACAAAAGAUGAUGAGAAAGCUGAAGGAGGGAGGUCACAGGGUCCUGGUCUUCUCUCAAAUGACCAAGAUGCUGGACCUGCUGGAGGACUUCCUGGAGAAUGAGGGAUACAAAUAUGAGAGGAUCGAUGGAGGUGUCACAGGCAACUUGAGACAGGAGGCUAUCGACCGCUUUAAUGGUUAGACAUUUAUAUACAUGAGUUGUAAUGCUUAAAGACAGCUGCUGUGGUUUUAUUAUAUUUGUGUGUUUAUAUUAUUGUUCCACUGUGUUGAAUUUUCCACCGUUCAUCCCAACAGCUCCUGGUGCUCCACAGUUUGCUUUCCUCCUCUCGACCAGAGCUGGAGGUUUGGGCAUUAAUCUGGCUUCUGCUGACACAGUCAUCAUCUAUGACUCUGACUGGAACCCCCACAAUGACAUCCAGGUAUGAAAUCAUCUGGCAGAAACCUCAAAUCCGAGUCAUAAUUUUGAUUAUUGGUUAAUUAUGCCAUUUGAUCUGUGUGUGCGUGUGUUUUUGUGUGUGCUCUGUAGGCGUUCAGCAGAGCUCAUCGUAUUGGGCAGAACAGAAAAGUGAUGAUUUAUCGCUUCGUUACCAAAGCCUCUGUGGAGGAGAGGAUCACGCAGGUCUAUGAAAUCUUCAUCUUGUGACAAAAAUCACCUUCCAACCUCCUUGAAACAUGUCUGUUGUGACAGGAUUGCACUGAUCGCUGCCUAAACACUUGUUUUCCCUCCACUUACAUCUACCAGGUGGCUAAGAAGAAGAUGAUGCUCACCCAUCUGGUCGUGCGUCCUGGUCUCGGCUCCAAGACAGGCUCCAUGUCGAAGCAAGAGCUCGACGACAUCCUUAAAUUUGGAACUGAGGAGCUGUUUAAGGAUGAAGUUGGAGAGGGUGAGUUGAGUCAAAACAGAGCAAGUAUAGCUGUAAAGAAAAGUAAUGCUCAUUUGCUCAUGGAGUUUUUACAAAUAGAUAUUAAGAUAAGCUUUAGUCACACUGAGUUUAAUGAAAUGCUUGACCUUUUCUGCCAUACUCAUCCUCCUUCAACAGCUUUCCUAUUAGUCCUUACUCAAUAUUAAGAGAGAUGAUCAGGAUAUUAUCUCUUGGUGAAGGACAGAGGCUAAAAUGUGCAAAAGACUCAAGUGGAGAGUUCACACCAUCAGCACAAGGAUAUUGCAAGAAAAUGAAUAAAGUCGAUGCUUGCGUGUUUCUGUUUGACUCAUCCUACAUUUAGGAGACAACAAGGAGGACGACAGCAGUGUGAUCCACUACGAUGAUCACGCCAUUGACCGUUUGUUGGACAGAAACCAGGACGCCACAGAUGACACUGAGCUCCAGAGCAUGAACGAAUACCUCAGCUCAUUUAAAGUAGCCCAGUAUGUGGUCAAAGAUGAAGACGAUGAGGUACGAAGGCCUUAAAAACACACGUGUGAAGGGAUAGACAACUUUAGACUUAAACCUAGAUUAUUUUUGCAACUUUGCAGAGACUUUAGAUUUGUAACUUCUGCACCUGCUUUACUUUAUGGCCAUGUCUCCUUUAUAAGGCAUAAUUUUUCUUUUGUUUGAGGAGGAGGAGGUGGAAAGAGAGGUUAUUAAGCAGGAGGAAAGUGUUGAUCCUGACUACUGGGAGAAGCUGCUUCGUCAUCAUUACGAGCAGCAGCAAGAGGACCUUGCUCGAAAUCUGGGCAAAGGCAAAAGAACCCGAAAGCCAGUUAACUACAAUGAUGGCUCCCAGGAGGACCGAGGUAUAAGACAGGGUACAGAACAAUAUAUAAGCAACCUUUUCUCGUGUGUGUUUGCUGUGCAGUGUUGUUGUUGGACUCGUGUGGUGUUGGUGUAGAAAAUCAAGUGAAUGCAUGGCAUGGAGUUUUGUUUUUGCUCUGUAGCUUGAGAUUAGAUAAAGAUAUUAGUUUAUGUUCAUGUGUGGUUGUGAAAUUGAUGUAGCCAGAUGCAGCUUGUUUUAAAAAAAGCUUUCAUUACAUCUGUUGUCUCAGCUGUCUCAGCACGAAGAGCAGGAGCAGAUUUUGUAUACACAAAGAUGGCAAAUGUCAGAUCGUUAAAAGGGCACAAAGUUAAACUGAUGGAGACAAGAUUGAAAACAAAAACAUGAUCACAGACAAUGAAACAGUGAUGACUUUUCAGCCUAAACAGAUGUUGUCAUUUGGCUUUUAACUUCACAACAUUAAUGCACAGAAGUAGCUUUGCUGUUGCUGUUUCUUUUCCAUUUCCCAAGCUACAAAUUUAGUAAACUUGGGCAUGUUUAAGAUUACAAAUAAAUAAUCCACUAUGAAACACCGACAAUGAUAAUAGUUCACCCAAUAGAUUAUUUUUAUACAGUCACAGUAGACUUUUUUCUACGACAAAUUGAUACUAAACAUAUUACAAGUUUAUAGUAGGUAAGAUUAGAUCCUCAUUUAAUUGUCAAAAAUAAAAUAAUUGAGUUAAAUCUCAAAGAUGUUGUGAUGAAAGUUUUCAUGAGGUCAGUUUAUCUUCAUCUUAAGAGGACAACAGAUGUAUUUGUGUUCACACAGGUUUAGAGUCAGUCUGCUAUCUGAUAUAUAUUGCUAGUGUAAAUUUGCAUAGUUUAACAAGACUGUUUUUGUUUAUGUUUGUUUGAGAAGUUUCAGUAAUAUAUAUUUUUUCAAAGCAGCAGCUCCCCCUGCUGGCUAAAAGUAUUGUUGUCAUUAGUCUGAAGGUGCAAAUUCUCAGGGUGUUAAAGCGUUAUAUACCAAAAAAACCUGUUCAAAAACAGAGUGAGAUCCUUUUUGUCCCCCUUCCUCAACUUCUCUCUCUCUCUUUGCUCCUUUCAGACUGGCAGGAGGAUCAGUCUGAUAACCAGUCUGAUUACUCGGUGGCUUCAGAGGAGGGAGACGAGGACUUUGACGAGAGGAGUGAAGGUAAGGCUCUCAGUUUUUACUGCUUAUGUGAGGAAAAAGGUGUGCGUGCGUGCGUGCGUGCGUGUGUGCGUGAUGUGGUGGUAAGAUGGACUACCAAUAGAUGCACAUUAACCUUUUCAUUUUACAUCAAGUCAUACAGCAAAUGUUUCUACUGAGCCACUUGAAAGAUUUUGAUUGUGGACCUUCCUGUUAACAAGGAAGUCGAAUCACAGUUUAUUCAUCUGCUAACAUUCAAACCACAUCUGCAGAUUUGUAUUCUGAUUCAGACGACAGCUACAAUAUCCUCAUUGACAACUUCAACAUCAACCAAACGAACAGCAGGUGUCGCUGCAUCAUCUGCAUUCAGCGUAGAAAGGCAAGAAAAGACAAAAAGAAAAGGAAAAAGGAGAGAAAGAGAAAGAGGAAGGCAAAGGAACAGAGGAAGAAAAUUAAAGUGAAUGGCUUUGCAGCUCACUGAACAGUCUCCCCUGCACUUUAAAGAAGUUGUUUGUGUUCAUAUCAACUGUUAAGUUAUUUUGAUAUGCUCUAUGAUUUGUUUACAAGAGGUAUUUUGGAGAUGUUCUUGAACAACUGUUCACUUAAAUAUGUAUAAACAUUUCUACCAGUUAUAUUUAUUUGCUUAUAUUUAUUCAACAGUUUGUUCCUAAGUGCAAUAAUAAUAACUAUUUUGUAUUGGUUAAAUCCUGUUUACAUGAUUGUGGAUCUGUAACUUUGAUUAAAUGGAGUUUACUGCAAUAUUGUUUUAAGUUGUAAGAAGUGUUUAAUGUAGAAAUACGGAAAGGUUGUGAGGAGGGAAAGCUUCAGCAGGAUCAGCGUUCAGAGUGAAGAUACGUAAGCCAAACAAUCACAAUCACAGAGAAACCACAACAUGUUCAGAACACAAAAUGAUUGUUCACGACAUUCAGUUUGAUUUUUAACCUUUUCAUUACUGAGGAGAAAUGUCAUUCUCAAAGUUACAUAACUGGACAAUGAUCUCUUUGUCGCAGCUAACGCCCGCAGACCUAACCGUAAAGGGCUGAGGAACGAUCGGGACAAACCGCUGCCUCCUCUGUUGGCCAGAGUGGGCGGGAACAUCGAGGUUGGUUUCUGCAGAUAAAACAUAAUCUCAAGUGAAGAUUUAUUUUUUGUCUCUUUACCGUUGUUGUAUAUCUCUGGAGCAAAUUUUCCAUUUUCUCAUUUUAGGUUUUGGGUUUCAACUCACGACAGAGGAAGGCUUUCCUGAAUGCAGUGAUGCGUUAUGGGAUGCCUCCUCAGGAUGCUUUCACUAACCAGUGGUUGGUCAGGGAUCUCAGAGGGAAGUCUGAGAAAGAAUUCAAGUGAGUCUCAAUACAACACUUUCUGCUUGUCUGCUUGUAUAUCACUUUUUCUUCCACCCAAUCUUUGGCCGGAGGUUUUUGAAUUCUCUUCCUUUCAGUAGGAAGAAGUUCUCGUGAGUCUUUAAGCUUAAAAGUUGUUUUGAUGUUAUAAAAAUAAAUAUUAAAAUGAGAUCAUAACUCAGUCAGUGCAGGGCAAUAAUAUUUCCAAAUGUCAAAGCCUUAUGGUUUUAGCCCACUUGUCUUUACUGUUGCACAGUAAACCUCUUAGCCUUUCUUCCAUGAAUCUGACUCGUGUUUUAUGUUGUUUCAAUAACUUGCAGGGCUUACGUGUCUCUGUUCAUGCGUCACCUUUGUGAGCCUGGGGCUGAUGGAGCUGAGACCUUUGCUGACGGUGUCCCUCGUGAGGGUCUGUCCAGGCAGCAUGUGCUAACCCGUAUUGGUGUCAUGUCACUUAUAAGGAAGAAGGUAUGCCCCUCAUAAAUAAAGCAAUACAAAAUAUGUCAACAGGUUACAGGUUUAAACUGUCAUUGAUUACUGGCACAAAGAAUUCCAAUUCAGCUGUUCAACUAGCUGGUAAAGGUAAAUAUUCUUCUAUUGAAAUGAUUUUAUGCUGACUGAACCAACCGUUGCUUUACAGGUGCAGGAGUUCGAGCAUGUGAACGGUCAGUGGUCGAUGCCCUGGAUGGCUGAGCUUGAGGAGAACAAAAGAGCUGCAGCUUUGGCUGCAGGAGAAGAUCCGAAGACUCCUUCUACUGGGACCCCUGCAGACACACAGCCCAACACUCCUAUACCAGGUACACACAUGCAUGCAUGCAAAUGCUCAUUGUUUGACAGUUUUUUAAAACAAGAUUUAAACUCUAAAUGAUUUUGGAUUUCAUUUUUGGUUCCUGGUGCAUUUAGUGCAUUUAGGGUCUGAAAUUGGCAAUGCUUGUAUACCAAGAACCAUCAAAGACACUUGAUCUGCACGCUGUAGCAUGUCUUGGGGGAUCCUUUGAUGCAUUUCUGUUUCCUCUGAGCUCUGACCACAGCAGCAGAUGCGUCACCUCAGGUUAACAGAAGUGAAUGUACGCAUUUGUGUUGCAAUCUUGAAAUAACCCCCUAAUUUCUAAAUACACCUGUUUUUUAUUGCUUAAUACUCAGGUAUCAGUCACCAUUCAGUUUCUUUUAGUAUGCUCUUGAAUGUCAGAGUAAAAGUUCAAUAAAAAGGUACACUUGUUGACUCAUACAGCCCUACAACUUAAAAAAUGAAUGGUAUUAUUGACAGACCAGUGAAACUCAACUCUUGGUAACUCUUGGUAAAAUGUGUUUUUGUUUUGUCAGAGGAUUUGUCAAAAUCUGAGGACAAAGACGACAUGAAGAAAGAAGCAGAGGAUGGAAAAGGAGCCAAGAAGGCAGAUGAUCCAGAGGUGAAUUCUGCUUUAAUAUUCAUGUCAUAUGUCUUCGUUUUCAGUUUUAUAAGUUUUACUAAUGUGAGACUGGUCUGCUACUCUCCACUCCAGAUUAUUGAAAUCCCAGAUGAGUCUGAAAAAUCUCCUAUCCUUGAAAAGAAAGAAGGAGAAGGAGACCCAGUUGUAGGGACAGAGGAUAAAGAGAAGGAGACAGGGAAUGGAGACAAAGGAAAGGAGAAGGAGACUGAAGACACAGCAAAGGAACGGGAUGUGAAGGACAAGACCUCAGAGACAGAGAAAGACAGUCCUGCUGAGGUCAAAGGUGAAGGUUUGGAGGGCAAGGACUCCGAGGAGGACAAGUCUAAAGGUGAGGCUGGUGCUCAAAACGUUUUCUCUCAGUUUCUUUUUUGCCUUUUUUGUUAUUCUCACGUGUUUCCUCUGUUUUAGCCGAGGAGGGAAAAGAUGAAAAGAUGGACACGAGUUCAGUGAUAGAGGAGAAGAAAGGUGAGUACAUGCUGACACACAAACUCCCAGAAAUGCCUUAAAAGUCUCUGUAGAAGCUUUUAUUUUCAUUAUGAUGAGACUAUCAUAACUUUAAAUAGGUUUAUCAUAAACAAACUUUCAUCAGAAUUUUUGUUGGAUUUCAGGAUAUCAAACUUGUGUUAUUUUUGAACCAAUGAUUUUCAGAAUAACUAUGUCACUUAAAAAUAUCGUCUUAAGUUUUGCUGCUGAAAUGUUUGCAAUUUUGUUUUUCCUCACAGAGCAAAAAGAAGAGAAGGAUGGCCUAAAAACAGAAGAGACCGGCAAACUGCAGAAUGGAGAGAACACCAAAGAAGGAGGAGGAACAGCUGCACCGGUGGUUAACAUCAGUGAAGAGAAGAAAAAAGCAACCAAGCAGAGGUUCAUGUUCAACAUUGCUGAUGGAGGAUUCACAGGUGAGCACACGCACACACACACACACAUACACACAGACUGAGAAACACCUCCUUCUCCACCUCUUUGUCUAGUUUCUGUCGUUUGACUUUUCUCUCCUCUCUCUUCCAGAGCUUCACUCUCUGUGGCAGAAUGAAGAGCGGGCCGCCACUGUUACCAAGAAGACCUUUGAGAUUUGGCACCGUCGCCAUGACUACUGGCUCCUAGCUGGAAUCAUACAGUAUCCUUUCCCUCUUGAAGUCUCAUAUUUGAUUGUUUGCAAACUUCUCAAUAACAGGAAACUGCUGACUUAGGUCAGUAUGUGAAAGGACACUUAACCUUUGAAUUAUAAACUAUUGGCUGGACUAGAUUUAGUUUUAUAAAAGUGUCUUUGGGCUUCAGUAAGUUUUGAUUAUGGCAUUUCCGUUGUUGUAUUUUGAUUAAUAAUCAUUUAUAAAACAAGACGGUAAAUAAUGCUGAGUGGAUUUGUCUGUGGAACGUUUUUCAUGCAUGUUAAAGACCCUUCACCUGAAAGAAAGAAAGGUGGCACAAAGGUAUUAAGCUGUCAAGAAACACCAGUAUUGUUGCACUUGACCACAGCACCUCUCAGACACGGUUACGCUCGCUGGCAGGAUGUGCAGAACGAUGUGAGGUUUGCCAUCCUCAAUGAGCCUUUCAAAGGGGAGAUGAGCCGAGGAAACUUCCUGGAGAUCAAAAACAAGUUUCUGGCCCGCAGGUUUAAGGUGAAUUGAGCACGCUCACAGUCCCCCAUUCUUAGCGCCUUUGUUUAGCUUUGUUUUGCAUAUUUAAUUGAACAGGUGUAUGUCUCUCUUGUUUAGUUAUUGGAGCAGGCGUUGGUGAUUGAGGAGCAGUUACGUAGGGCGGCAUAUCUCAACAUGACAGAGGACCCAGCCCACCCUUCCAUGGCUCUCAACACUCGCUUCAGUGAAGUGGAGUGUCUGGCAGAGUCCCACCAGCACCUCAGCAAGGAGUCGAUGUCUGGAAAUAAGCCUGCCAAUGCAGUCCUGCAUAAAGGUAAGACCUUGUGGGUCAGAGGAGAGGGUCCAAAUGCAGCUCAACACUGAAAUAUGGUCAUUUAAAAACCUUUGACUUAAGCUUAUUGUAAAAAAAAAAUUGCUGUCCUUCAAUGUCUCAAACACUUCUUUAUUAUCUAGUUCUCAAACAGCUUGAGGAACUGCUGAGUGACAUGAAGGCUGAUGUCACACGUCUCCCUGCAACCAUCGCCAGGAUACCUCCUGUGGCCGUGCGGCUGCAAAUGUCAGAGAGAAACAUUCUCAGCCGAUUGGCAAGCCGAGGUCCAGAGGUCACUCCUCAGAACCAAUCACAGACCUCACAGCAGAUGCAAGUACCGCGCUGACCAAUCACCUCAUACGUUUCCCCUCAGAGGCUAGCUGCCCUCACCUCAUCUCCAUGUAGCAGAUGUCCUCACCCCCUUGAACACCAUGUACAGCACACAGUCAGGUUAGUCCUCCUCGCUCUGCACUCACAACCCGACUCCGGACUCAGAGGACCAUCAGCUGUGCUGCUGGACUUUGACUUCUCUCAAGACCGAAAUAAUAGAUGUAGAAUGAGAGUGAAGAAGAAACCAUUUACUUUCACGGCAGACCAGAGAACAGUUUUUCUCCUCCUCUGGGAUUCAGAUUUAACUCCUGUAACCUGAGCACUGUUGAACUGCGGGACUGCACUGACCUGUCCCUGAUCUUUCUCUCUUCACAGCAGGGUCAAACUUCGUAUUUGUAACUUUAUGUAACAUGAAGCUGAAGAAGCUAGACAGGAGAAAAUGCAGCAUGUUUGGAGUAUACUGGUGCUUUGUAGUAUUUUUCAGAUUAUCAAAGAGUUCAAGGGAUUUAAUUGUGCUCAUUUUCACUCGUAGAAAAUUGUGAAGCUUUUUUUUUUAAAGGUAGUUUAACUCUAAUGUCCUCACCUGUGUGUGUGGAGAGUAAAGGAGAGUGAGGAUGAGCAUACGUGUUUUUGUUUCCUGUAAGUAAAAUAAGGCAUAUUAAUGUGCACCUCUACUGCAGAAAGACUGUUGACACUGAGAGACUGUUAGUCACUUUUCUAUCAGUCUGUCAGAUCCGUUACCUCCUGACCCUUCAUCCCAAACUGACCUGUUUCUCGUCAGGUGACUCAAUCCAGGAUGAGCUGUCUGUGCUCUUCAAACUGAACUCUGACAUUCCUAACAGACCACGACACAGAUUUCUCCUCGGAAACUCUCCUGCAUUUGUCUGAAAUACGGAUGUGUAUUAGCUCCACAGCUUUUAGGUACAUGGGACGGCUUUUGUGAAUGAUGGCAAGCUUAACUUAAUUUAAUUUCUUACUGUCUUUUGUUAUGUUGUUACAUGAUUGAAUUUAUUAUUAUGGUUACCACAUUUUGUCAUUGCUGUUUGUUUUUAUGGACUACAAUAAAAAGUAAACAGUUUUCAAGGUUU